AUUUAUCCAUAGAGUAGUCGGGUUUUUUGUGUAUAUGUGCCCAAUUUGUUAAUAAAUAAAUAUGUUAUCUACAGCCGAGAAGGCUGCUAAGAAUUGUGGCCUAGAGGAAAUUAAAAGUAGUCUAAGGAGACGUAAAACUGGAGUCUAUAAAAUGGACACGAGCCAGGGAGAAGUGGUCUUCCAGAACAGUCGUUUCUUAAGCACCCUUACAAUAGGAAAAAGGAAAAUCUCAGAAGAAAUGCUUCCGCCGGGUUCCCCUGGUUGCCCGGGAAUUUUCAGAUCGAAACCCCAAUCACUCCCGGAGUUCCCCACGUCGACACUAGGUGGCUACGGUCGCGCUGUCAAACAGUCGAUCGGUAACUUAGGCAACCGGAUUAUCCUGUCAAAGAAAAUGGCUGCGACGACAUCCCAAACGUCGGUACCCUGGCCGAAUUCUAAGGAUGACUACGAACUGGGAAAAGUUAUAGGUGUGGGAGCAACGGCCGUAGUCCACGGAGCAGUUUGCAAACCGCGCAACGAAAAAUGCGCAAUAAAGCGAAUCAACUUAGAAAAAUGGAACACCUCCAUGGACGAACUACUAAAAGAGAUCCAGGCGAUGAGCUCCUGCAACCACGAGAACGUCGUAACUUACUACACCAGUUUCGUUGUGAGAGAAGAACUGUGGCUCGUCCUAAAACUCCUAGAGGGUGGCAGCCUGUUGGACAUCAUCAAACAUAAAAUGCGCGUUUCGAAUUGUAAACAUGGCGUUUUCGAUGAGGCCACCAUCGCCACGGUACUUAAGGAGGUCUUGAAAGGGCUGGAAUACUUUCACAGUAACGGGCAAAUUCAUAGGGAUAUAAAAGCGGGAAAUAUUUUACUGGGGGAAGAUGGAACGGUUCAAAUAGCGGAUUUCGGAGUCUCUGCUUGGCUGGCUACCGGCAGAGAUCUGUCUAGGGAGAAAGUGAGACACACUUUUGUCGGAACUCCUUGUUGGAUGGCACCUGAGGUUAUGGAACAGGACCAUGGUUACGAUUUCAAAGCUGACAUCUGGUCUUUCGGUAUAACCGCCAUAGAAAUGGCCACCGGAACCGCCCCCUAUCACAAGUUCCCGCCAAUGAAGGUCCUUAUGUUGACUUUACAAAACGACCCACCCACUCUGGAUACCGGAGCGGACGAAAGAGACCAGUAUAAGGCUUACGGGAAGACUUUCAGGAAAAUGAUCACCGAUUGCCUGCAGAAGGAGGCGGCAAAAAGGCCCACGGCCGCGGAACUGUUGAAGCAUCCCUUCUUUAAAAAAGCUAAAGACAAGAAGUAUUUGCAGCAAACGUUGGUCGCUAUCGGGCCAACGAUGGAAACCAGAGUGCAAAAAGCUUCCAAGAGGCAACCGGGAGCCUCCGGUCGGCUACACAGAAAAGAAACCGGCGAGUGGGUGUGGUCGAGCGAGGACGAGGAAGACGGAGGCGAAUCAAGCGACAGCGACACCGAAAGUAAACCGAUGAACACGCUAGUGUCCGCCGGUAGCUCCGGAUCCGACCACGAGAGUUCGGAAAGCGAACCUCCACCCGUUAAUUUGGUCUUGAGGAUGCGUGAACCCCCAAGGUCCCUUCCAUUCAGGAACGCUAAAAGGGAAUUAAACGACAUAAGGUUCGAGUUCGCGGUAGGCAAAGAUUCGGCCGAAGGGAUCGCCAGUGAACUGGUCGGCGCCGGUUUAGUGGACGGCAAAGACAUUACCGCCAUCACGCAGAGUUUGCAGCAACUGAUCGAGCAGCGACACACGCUAAAAGUCGUCACGUUUCAGCUGCAGUCGGGCGUAGGGCCAAACGAGACGCCCGAUGACAAGGCCCUAAUAGGCUACGCCCAGAUUUCAAUCACAGACUGAAAACUAACCUAUAAUAGUUUAAUCAUCCUGAUUUUAUACAUACCAGUGAAAUCUACUGAUUUUUUAAGCAUAUCAACCAAUGAUAAUUCCUUAUUAUUAAACAAUCAGAUAUGUGGCUCAAUCAGGCAACAGGGUUCGCUUGUUUCAGUGUGUUUUCGGAUGACUGUACUUAUGUAAUUGUCAAAAAUGCUUACAAGGUUUUUACAUAAAGGAUCAAUAGAUUUCACUUAUUAAUGUACUUAAAAGUGUUCCAUAGAAAAAAGAAGAUUUUCGCUGUUAAACUGUUAGAACGUCCCCCUAAUUUGUAAGUUUUAAAUUUUUGAUGAUUUCCUUUCCUACAGAGCACACCUUGUAUUAAAAUCGCCUUAUUUAGACAGAAAGAUGCAUCUUAUUAAGAUAGAAUAUUUUCGCUUCAGAUUUUUAAAUGAAGAGGAAUUGAUGUUUUUAGGGCCUAAAGCUAUGGAGGCGUGCCACACUAGUUUUUAAGUGAAAUGGAGAGCUUUUUGCUAUAAUUAUAUAUAGAUUGUAUAAUUUUAUGAAAAAUGAAUAAUUGGAAAUGGUGAAAAGUCUGUAUAUAUUAUAAAUUAUUUAUUCCUAUGAUAAUAAACUUGUCUGCAUUAUUUUAAAACAA